CUGACACGAUGUCGAAGGGCAUGCUUGACUGACGAGCAUAUAUGUGCUGAAGUCGCCCGGCCUGGUGUGCUUCGUUUCAGACUAUUCUAAAAUCCGUCAUCGUUUUCUUAUUGUUUGCCGUUGCGCGAUCUCAAAAUGCAUGUCCAACACAACUUCACAUUUACAUGCGCCUUGCUUUUCUGCAUUCUAAGAGCUACUGCCGUUUUAUCUCAGGCAACAAGGGCCAACGUCUCGACAUUCAUCUAUCCCACUGACUAUGGCAACCUCACAUUUGCCUUAAGCGCUACAACUACUGGCAAUGUUUACAUGCAUCUAUUGGCACCAGCCGUCUACCAAUGGGUAGGCACUGGUAUAGGGAGCGAGAUGGAUGGGAGUGUGAUGUUCAUCCUAUAUGAGAGUGCAGACAAAGGCAGCGUAACCCUCUCAACAAGGCUUUCAACCGGUCGUGUCGAGCCAACUUUCAGCAGCGAUGUUGAUUGCGCGUUGCAAAACAACACAGCAUACAACAACAGUAUUAUCCAGAUGGGCGGCACGCGAUUCUACUCUGCCAGCAUACAUUGCAAGAACAUCAGUGCAUUUGGUGAAAGCGAUGGAAAGCUAGACUUGACCAACGCUAAGCAGCCUUUUCUAUACGCAUGGGGUCCUACCGACGGCUCUAUUUCAAGUGCGUCGAAGUCUGCCAGCAUCAAGCGACACGCCGCGUACGGCAAUUUCUGGAUGGAUAUGACCAAAGCUGCAUCUUCGAACCUAGAAGACGUCACGAUACCGAGUGACGCUUCACUACUGAGUAUACAGAAUGCUGGCGCCGACGGACAAGCAGAGCGUGAUGGAGACAAGGUCGGACCGGCGCACGCAGCUAUCAUGCUCGCUGCAUUCGUCAUCAUCUUUCCACUAGGUGCGAUCCUGCUGCGCUUUCUUGAGAGCGUCAAAGCGCAUUAUAUUGUUCAAACGAUAGGAGUGCUUGCCGCCAUCGUUGGGGUUGGCGUCGGAAUCUACUUAAGCACAAUGUACAACCGCUCAAAAGAUAUUUCCUCCGGUCAUCAAGUCUUCGGACUUGUUCUUUUGGCCUUGUUGUUUGCACAGUGGGCCAUCGGGUUCUACCACCAUCUUUGCUUUCGAAAAUACAAAAGGUCGACAGUGUUUGGCAAGGUGCAUCUGUUCGCCGGUCCGGCUGUUGUCCUGGGAGGCAUCAUCAACGGCUUCACUGGUUUCAACUUCAGCGGCGAGCCACACAACAAUGUCUACUACGGUGCUGCAGUGGCUGUUGUCUUCGUUAUCGUUCUGGCACUCCUUGGUUGGAAACGAUGGUCGAGUAAAAAGACUGAGGGAGACAGGAUUUCCAGCGACGAAGAGCUUCAUUGUGACUCUUAUCAGAUGAACGGGGGCCCAAGAAGUACGUACCAGGUGUUUGUGUCAUGAGCCAUGCAACGGUCCUGUCACCACAUUGCUUGCGUUGCAUUGUCCUCCCAUUGGCGAGUAAUAAUCUAUGAGAGCGUAGAAACUGAAACGGAGUCAUCUUACGGAGCUGGUACACAUGUGAUUGAUUGAUUGAUCGAUUGAUUGAUUGAUUGAUUGAUUGAUUGAUUGAUAAUUAUUUGCGUCAAAAGGGGCUAUU